AAGUAGCCCAACGGAGAAUGUUGAUUCGUUCAUUUGUCUCCAACGUUCGCUAGUGUUUCUAGAUAUUUUUCUGAAAUACGUGACGCGUGUCAUUUCAUCGCUUGCAUUUAGUGGUAUCCAACCGGUGUGAGAUGUCCGACAGAAAGAACGUAUUGAUUGCUGCUGUUGGCAUCUUCGUGUGCUACUUCUACUUCGGAAUCAUCCAGGAGAAAAUCACCCGUGGAAGGUACGGCGAUGAACUACAAGAGGAUGGCACGCGAGGAGAACAGUUCACGUACGUGUUGGCCCUAGUCGGAGUACAAUGCAUCUGCAACUGGUCCUUUGCCAAGGCAAUGCUUGUCGUAAAACACCAAAACCAGGAUACAACACCUAAGGUGUACUACGCAAGCAGUUCACUAGCCUAUCUGCUUGCGAUGAUCAGCUCGAACAUGGCUUUGCGAUGGGUGGCCUACCCGAUGCAGGUGGUAGCCAAAUCUGCCAAACCGAUUCCGGUGAUGCUUUUAGGUGUACUGCUGGGGAGGAAAUCUUACACGUUUCGGAAAUAUAUGUUCGUAUUGCUGAUUGUCAUUGGAGUAGUGUUGUUUAUGUUCAAAGAAGGCAAAACGAACAGUAAUCCGUUGGAGCAGGAACGUUUGGGACAGCUUUUGUUGAUUAUGAGCCUGACGAUGGAUGGAUUGAUCGGAGCCGUACAAGAGCGCAUGCGGCAACACAGUUCGCCAUCGGCUCAACAAAUGAUGCUGGCCAUGAAUGGAUGGAGCACGCUAUUCCUAGCCGUUCCUCUUCUGGCCACCGGCGAAGCCAUGGAGUUCAUCGCGUUUGCUACGAAAUAUCCUCAGAUGUUGGGUCACCUGGCUACGCUUGCACUGGCCGGUGCACUGGGCCAGCUGUUCAUCUUCAUGAUGGUAUCGUCAUACGGUGCACUGGCAUGCUCCGUCGUAACCACCACGAGGAAGUUCUUCACCGUACUCUGCUCGGUUGUCCUGUUCGGUAACAGUCUCUCCGGUCGACAGUGGAUUGGAACGGUUCUGGUAUUCACUGGCCUGUUUGCUGACAUGCUUACCAGCAAGAAAGGAUCGGCUACUGCUGGAAAAACUCCACCAAAAUCAAAAAACAAAAAUGAGACUGAAGAGCUUGUGAAGUGAAUCUAGCUGCUGGUAUUCCAUUUCAAGCUCAUAACUGUGAAGUUUAUCAUCGGAACAAAUGUACAAUAAGUAGGUAACGGAUUGAAUCCGGUUCUAAAUGCAACGCUGUUGCUUAUCUGUGUACCCCGUGAAGCUAGGAAUUAUGUCCUCAUUUAUUUUAAAUAAAUGCACAAAAAAAUUAUUAAUA